AUGGCUUUGACAGAUUCCCAGAAAGCAGAACUAGAAGUUAGAAAGCUGAAGGACCUGAAGGCAAAAAAUGAUCUCUUUCAAGCUAUUGAUCGUUCCAUCUUAGAAACUAUUCUUUGCAAAGAAACUUUCAAGGAUAUUUGGGAUUCUAUGAAGAAGAAAUAUCAAGGCUCUGUUAGGGUGAAGCGUGCACAGAUUCAAGCCUUGAAAAGGGAUUUUGAGACACUAGGGAUGAAGGAUGGAGAAUCUGUCACCAGCUAUUUUGCCAGAACAAUGGAGAUCAGCAACAAGAUGCGAUUCCAUGGCGAGAAGAUGGAUGAUGUCACCAUUGUGGAGAAGAUUUUGCAUUUCCUGACACCAAAGUUUAAUUAUGUUGUUAGCUCAAUUGAAGAGUUGAAAGACAUAGAUGCACUCUCUCUUGAUAAAUUGCAAAGCUCCUUAUUGGUCCAUGAACAGAAGAUCAACAGUAAAGUAGAGGAGCAAGCAUUGAAGGCUUCUACCAAUACUCAUUCCAACAAUUUCAGAGGAAGGGGUAGAGAUAGAGGUGGAGGAAAGGGAGAUCGAGGAAAUAGAGAUGUCAGCGGGAAUUUCAAAGCCAAUAAUGACCAAUCUCAAGGCAAAGGUAGAGGAUGGGAUCUUGACAAAUCCAAGGUAGAGUGCUUUAGAUGUCAUAAAUUUGGUCAUUAUGCAUCUGAAUGUUAUAUUAGACUGCCUAAUGAUAAAGAAAAGGAAGAGAAUUCAAAUUUUGUCGAAAAGAAGGAAACAGAAACGUUGUUGAUGGCUGUUCAAGAUGAAAAGAAACCCAAGUUAGAUAUUUGGUAUGUGGAUACAGGCUGCAGUAACCACAUAAGUGGAAGUAAGUCUUCUUUUUCUUAUCUAAAUGAAGAUUUUCAUUCUGCUGUGAAUUUUGGUGAUCAUUCUACUGUGAAAGUGAUGGGAAAAUGUAAUAUUAAGAUAAAAACCAAGAAUGGUUUUGUGGAAACGAUCUCUACUGUGAUAUAUGUUCCUGACCUAAAAAGUAACUUAUUGAGUACUGGUCAGUUACAAGAAAAUAAUUAUGUUAUCACUAUUAAGAAGGGUGCUUGUGAAAUUUAUGAUUCUGUUAGAGAUGCUAUUGCAAUUGUUCAGAUGAGUUCAAACAGAUUGUUUCCAUUAAAGAUUGAAAGUAUUCAAUCUUGUCUGACGGCUGAAAUGAAAGAUCCCUCAUAG